UAACCUCAAAAUGUUUUUCAUAAGAUUCCAUGAUUUUAAUUAGCAAAAUCAAAAACCAAAGAUAAAAUGAGAAUAAUAGCAAUAUUAACACUACUUUUUUCAUCAACAUCAUCAAAAAUACACAACGAUAUUUUUACUGAAGACUUAUUCAUUAAACCGCUUAAUAACGAACAACUUUACGCCCAUUUCCGAUUUACUACAAAAUGGGAUGUUGAUUCCACCAAAGACGAUCUUUUUCAAACAAGAUUAUUUUCUCGUGCUCUCAGCGAGAUAAUCGUUCGUUUCAACAUCCAAGAACUUCACAUUACUUUAACAGCAGGUUUGUGGCGUUAUGAAACUUGGGGAUACCCUGCUGAUGAUGCAGCACCAGGAGCGGAAGUUUGGGCGUGGUUUAAAAACACCACAGAAGAUGUAGAUAAGAAUUGGACUGAUUUAACCAACUUUUUAUCUGGUUUGAUAUGUGCCUCCUUAAAUCAGAUGGACGCUCGGAACAGUAUUGUUCCAGAUAUCUCAUUUAAACCACAAGGAGUUGUGUUAGAUAAUGUUAAUUCAAGUUAUUUGCGAUAUUCGUCAUUACCCCGGGAGAUUGUUUGUACCGAAAAUUUAACUCCUUGGAAGAAGUUGUUACCGUGUGACUCAAAAAUGGGUUUAGCCUCACUUUUAAAUGCUGGGAAUAUUCAUAAUACGCGUUAUCAUUCAUUAGGGAUACACCUAAAACCAAUUUGUAGAGAUGUAAGUUGUGAGGAAACUUCAUUAUUAUUACAUCAAACCGUGGAUUUAGUUUACGAUUAUUUGAUUAUGAGGACUCGAAAUUGGUCGUUGAGGUCGCUAUUUGGUCAGGGGAUUUUAAAUUCUUGCCCAUUGGCCAGUUCAAGUUCUAUUUAUGUGGAUGUUUCGAAAAAUUUUACAACGAAUCGAUUUAAAUUGUCCCCUGAACCUGAAUUUUUUACCUCAAAACGGGGUGGUGAUGAUAAAUUGUUAGGUAAAUACAAGGUUGUUGAUGGUAAACCCAUGAAUAUUGGGGUUAAUUAUAUUGAUCAACCUAAUUAUGAAGUAAAUAUACCCCCGGUGAUUUAUGCUAGUCAAUAUAAAAUAGGUUAUGGCCAACAACGAGGGGGAUUAGUUAAUAAGAUUUAUAAUAACCAUUGGGGUAGUUUGGAAGUGGUUUUGUUGCAAAAUAUCCCAUGGUAUGUCCCGAUUUAUUUGCAUACUUUAAAAAUAAUCUCAAAUAACCAACAUUUGAAGCCAUUAAAGAUGAUUUAUAAACCAGGACAACCUCGUGAAAAACCACACAAUUUAGAAAUCGUUCUAAAACUUCCCCCUAAAUCUUCAACUUCCAUAAGUAUCGAUUUUGAAUACAUGUUUUUGAAAUGGCAAGAAUACCCGCCUGAUGCUAAUCAUGGCUUUUAUAUCAGCUCCUCAAUUAUAUCAGCAUGGUUACCUUUAGCAAGGAAUUAUACUGGUUUACCUCAAGAUGCCAUAACUUUUUCUGAUAGUUUUAAUGCUUCCCGAAGUGGUUAUUUGGUUCAAAUUCGCACAGAAUCAAUUGUUAUUACUUUACCUACACCCGAUUUUAGUAUGCCUUACAAUGUUAUUUGUUUAGCUUGUACUGUUGUUGCUUUAGCAUUUGGCCCCUUACAUAACAUCACUACAAAAAGGCUUAUUUUAGUUGUUAAAAAAUCCAGUCCGUUUUGGCGUUUUCUUGAUUUUACAAGUAGCAAGAAAAAAAAUGGAAACAAUGAAAAUGUAGAUAAUCUAGAUAAGAAAAAUGAAUAGAUAAAUAGUUUUUUUUUUAAAUUUUUGUUUAAUAAAUAGUUCCAAAUUGG